AUGGCCAAAAUUACACUCUUUUCGACUUUGACUACAAUUAUUUUCCUUUUCGUCGCCAAGAUACGAGCCGAAUGUAUCCUUUACACUCCCAACCUGGGAGUAGGCAUCACAGAUGGACAACCCUUCCAAGUUUACUGGCUGGGGUGUACUCCCCCAUAUGUUGUUAGCUUGUGGGACCAAGACACCAGCAACAUCCUGACGACCUACAGGGGAAGCGGGACCAGCGUCUCCUUCACUGUGAAUCAUGGUGUUGGUGUAAAUGUAUACGUUACACUAUCAGAUGGUAUUGGUGACAAGAUCACUAGUGUCCCAUACCUUGUCAAGGCUGCCACAGGAGGUGGCGGAUCAACCAGAAUCUUGUCAUCAAAUACCCUCCUUCCAUCGCCGACACAAACGUUUACAAACACAUUUACCAACACCUUCACCAACACCUUUACCGACACCUUUACCGAUACAUUCACAGAUACCUUUACCGACACCAAUUGGCCUUCCUUCUCAUUUCCGACAAACACUGACUGGCUGUCGUCUUACUCCUUCCCCACUGACAGCGCUUACUUGAGCUCUAUCCUCAGCCACCUACAUUCCCUCCCAACCAAUUUUCCCACCAGCAGACCUACGGAUGGUGGUUCGUCCAAGAAGAAAACGCCCAUCGCUGCGAUCGUUGGAGGAGCAGCGGGUGGAGUGGUUGGUUUGGCGCUUAUCGCAGGGCUGAUCUUCUUCAUCGUCAAUCAAUCCAAGAAACAGCAGCGCGAUAAUGAAGGACUUAUGGGUCAGCCUACAGGUCCAGGUGUGCUCGGUUCGCCGCAGAUGUCCCAAACCCCUGGAAUGUACGGCGCCACUCCUAUGGAUCCCAAUAAUUACAAUCAGGGUUAUCACCCUCAGGGGAUAGUCCCUCCGUCCACUCCCUCUGUCCAAGGGUCAUCUCCCUUACCGACGAACAAUUUUAAUGGAGCGUAUAAUCCUCAGGCCUACGCUCCAACCCAAGGAGGUUCAGACACACAAACUACCUAUACUCAGCCUCAGUCAUUUGCUAGCCAACCUCAGCAGCAGUACUACGGUGGCGAUCCCUUCCCCAGACCUCCGCAAGUAUAG